GUUGAAGGAAUCUACCAGAAAGCAACAGGUGAGCACAGAAUAAUAAAUAGAGAAGGGAAAAAAGAAAGAAAAAAGAAGGAAUUAGUGGUUGAGAUCAAUCACCUAUAAUAUCUUCCUCGUACUUGUGCCCUGCACAAGUGAAAGAUUCAUCUGAGUUGGACAAUGGCGGAAGAAGAAGAGGUGGUGUUAUUGGACGAGUGGCUGAGCAUGUUUGGGAUGAGAGCCAGGAUAGCGUUGGCUGAGAAGGGAAUCAAAUACGAGUACAAGGAAGAGGAUCUGAGCAACAAGAGCCCUCUGCUUCUGCAAAUGAACCCAAUUCACAAGAAGAUCCCUGUCCUUAUUCACAAAGGCAAACCCAUCUGUGAAUCCCUCAUAAUAAUUGAAUACAUCGACCAAGUUUGGAACCACACAGCUCCUUUACUUCCCUCUGAUCCUUACCUCAAAGCUCAAGCCAGAUUCUGGGCUGAUUUUGUCAACAAGAAGGUGGGAGAUGUUGGAGGAAGGAUAUGGGCUGGAAAGACAGAAGAAAUAGAGGAGGCAAAGAAGGAGAUGAUAGAGGGCUUGAAGCAAUUGGAAGAGACACUGGGAUAUAAUACUUUCUUUGGAGGUGAAACCUUCGGGUUUAUUGACGUUGCUUUGAUUCCAUUCUAUAACUGGUUUUACACUUACGAGCAAUUAUGCCAGUUCAAGGUGGAAACGCAUUGUCCUAAGCUCAUUGCCUGGGCUCAGAGAUGCAUCCACAGGGAAAGCGUUUCCAAGUCUCUUGCUGGUGAGAAGGAGAUCUACAAUUUUGUUGUUGACUUCAGAAAGAAAAGUCAAUUGGAUUGAAGAAACAUAUGCGAGUUGAAGAACCUGUGCCAAGAAUAAACAAAAAUAAUUAGUUUGAUGAAAAACAUGCCUGAGUUUGGUGUGUUUGAGGACGAAGACUUGGUUGUGUCUGUUGAUUACAGUAAAAUUAGUUGAUUGUAAGAAUGUGUUGUUGAUGUUCUUUUACAAUAAUAAGGGGAAGAAAAAAACACUAGGUUAUUUCUUCGGCAUUUGUUGACUUGUGGUUUCUGAGGUGUGAAAAGUCAAACUAUGGACUCAUCCACACCCAUGGCAUUCUGCAGUACCAUGACAUGUUUGUUACUAAAUUAAUUCAAAACCGCAAUUGUAACCUCUUAAUCAAUUUAUCCUUCA